AUGCCUAAGAAGAAAACUGGACAACGUAAAAAAGCUGAAAAGCAAAAACUGAGGCAAAAGGAGAUCAGAAAUGCGAGAGAACAUGUUGAUUUAGCACAGCACCCUUGUAAUCUUGCAAUGGAAUGUGACAAGUGCCAAAAAAAACAAAAGAGCCGCGCCUUCUGUUACUUCUGUUCGGCUGUGCAGCGGUUACCAGCAUGUGCUCAAUGUGGCAAGAUGAAGUGCAUGCUUAAGUCCGGAGACUGUGUUGUCCGACAUCCUGGAGUAUUCACUACCGGCAUGGGCAUGGUGGGUGCUAUCUGUGACUUUUGUGAGGCCUGGGUCUGUCAUGGUCGUAAGUGCCUGACCUCUCACGCUUGUACUUGCCCAUUGGCUGAUGCUGUGUGUCUUGAGUGUGAGAGAGGUGUGUGGGAACACGGUGGCAGAGUGUUCCGAUGUUGUUUCUGUCAGGGCUUUCUCUGUGAGGAUGACCAGUUUGAACAUCAAGCAUCAUGUCAAGUGCUAGAGUCUGAGACAUAUAAAUGUCAAUCAUGUAAUCGUAUCGGCCAGUACUCAUGUCUCCGUUGUAAGACAUGUUUCUGUGACGAGCAUGUCCGUCGCAGGCAAGCGGGGAAGCCUUCCCGGAAUGCACCACCCUGUCCUCGCUGUGGCUACAUGCUGCAUCUCACAGCCGACCUCAGCAUGUCUACUCGCUCGCAUCGCUACGGUCGUCAGGGCGCCGCGACGGCUGAUGACGACGAUGAUGAUGAUGAUGGUUCAUAUGGAAAUGCAACUGGAUACAGUGGCUAUGAUGGUGGUAUGGAGGGAGGAGACUAUUCUUACUCCGAGUCUGAUGAUGAUGAAGACGAGUCUGAAGAUGAAGAAUCAGAUGAAGACGAACCUGAGAACUCUGCCAAUACAAGCAAGAACACCUAA